AUGAGGAGUCGAAAACAACGCACGCCGGCCGUUCCGCGCAUUGGCCAAGAGGUGGCGGCAGAGACCACGGAAAGAACUUUUCCGACGGGACUGGGGCGAUCCGGUCUGUGUGCUGUGAGGACGGGAGAGGAGCACGAAGUUAGAAGUGGAGGGGUUGUGGGGGGAAAGACGAAGAAGAAAGAGGGAAACUACUCCAAACGCAGGAGAGCUGUGCCAGGACGGGGCGGCGCAAGCGGCCGUGUCGUAGCACUGCGAGCGCCGGCCCCGUUCCUCCCCCCGCAUCCCCUCCCCUCCUCGGCACCGCGUGGGAAAUGGUUGGGGUGGGAUUCCGGGAGAGCUGGGGCGGCUCAGCCUGCAGAAGAGGAGGCUCGGGGGAUCCCGGGCGCGGCCAUCGGUCCGUGCAGGGAGGCGCGGAGAAGACGGAGCCGGGCUGUGCCCGGCGGUGCCCAGCAGCGGGACCGGAGGCACUGGGUGCACGCUGCAGUGCAGCAGAAAUCCGUAAAACAAAAGACUGAGGCUGAAGAAGCUCCACCUGGGGAAGUCAAGGUCAAGGAAACCCCUGCUGCUGCUGUUGUGGGAAAGGAGGCCAUCCCUGCUGAGCCAGAUGAGCCAACAGAGCAGGCUGCGAAUGUAGACAAGUGGUCCUUUGACGUAUUUGCACAAAACGAUGCCAGUGGAGAUCAUGCACUGAAGUUCAUUUUGUAUGAACUUCUCCCACGCUAUGAUCUGAUCAAUCGUUUCAAGAUCCCCAUUUCUGCCCUGGUGUCCUUUGUGGAAGCUCUGGAGGUUGGAUACAGCAAACACAACCUAAUGCAUGCUGCCGAUGUGACACAAACAGUCCAUGACCUCCUUUUCAAGACAGGUGUAGUGGUACCAGGUACAGGAGUUGGCAUCCUUAAUAUGUAAUGAAAUGGCAGUAGUUUUUGUUCGGUAAGGAGAUGAUCAUUAUCCACAGCAAACCCAUUUGUGCUGUAGAAAAAAUGCGAUUUGCAGUGGCUGUGCUAAUGGAAGUAGGCAUUUGGGAUUACUUAGAAGAAUUUGGGUGAGGAUACGGGUAACUGUUUUAAUUGAUGGGAGAGAGGAUGAGUGAAAAACGCAAGCUGAAUUCUCCCCUCUACCAUCAAUCUCCUGGCUGAGUCUAGCAGGUCAGUUUGUUGGGAUUUCAUUUCCCUUUCUGUGAAGAAACAAACUGCCUAAGCUUUCUUCACAAUACAAAAUGAAGUAAUUUAUUGCUUAACCCAGUUUGGCACCCCUUUUCAAGCUAUUGCUCACCGUUUUCUCUUGCUGUCCAGUCUCCUUGGGCGCUGUCUCCUGAGCGCAUGUGGAGGUGGGUCCACCUCCAUUGGCUGCUGUUCGUCUGGAGGUGGAUCCACCUCCAUUGGCUCCACUUUCCAUCUCCUCCCCAUGAGCCUCUUCUUCUUCUGGGGAGGAGGAUCCAUUUGUGUGAGGUGCCUCCUCGCCUCUUGCUGUUGGUAUGGCAGUUGGAGGGCUUGGAACACUAGGCAGUGACAUCAGCAGUGUUCCAUGGCAACCCAGAAACGACAGAGUUGGGGCCUAUGGCCUGAGAGUUGCCCCUGUUUUGAAGGAGAAGGAAGGACAUGGAGAACUGAAGAACUCUAUCCUGGGAAGGGCUCAUCUGUUGCAUUGUGCUCGCCAGAGAGAAUUUGUGGCACUUGGGCAAAAGGCCCCGUGGAGACUCCCUUUCUUCAUCCCGUGCCUCAAAUCCAUUUGUACUGAUGAGUGGCAGGUAGAGAGUCCUCUUCCUGGCAGCAGCUGGGUUCCUGCUAGUGGAGGCCAACAGUACUGUUGCCCAACAGUAGUGGAGAGGGGACAGACACUCCUCAGGAAGCCUAGGGACAUGCAGUCAAUAAAGAACUGCUGAAUUUCAAGGGUGAUGCGAGUUCUCUUUUCCUGACCUUCACUCUUGCUCCGUAGCCUAGGAGCGCUAAAGGUAAUCCCAAAGAGAAGGUGAUGGUGGGAGAAGGCUGGGAUGCCUGUACAAAGCAUCAGGGUAACACUGUGACGUUUUACACGGGGAAGGGAGUGUUACAUCCAACUACACACAGAAUCAUAACCAGCUGUUUUCAACAAAUCAGUAGAUAUGGCUUGAGCAGAUUCCUUUGUCCUCACCUUUGUUGGUGGUACAUUGGUUGCAGCAGUUCUUCAAAGACAAUGCGAGUUACAAGCAGGUGACUGGCUACUGUAAACAGAUGGGCCAGAGGUAGCAACUGAAAAGGAACACCAAGUAAAGAGUUUACACGCAGUUUUACUUCUGACUUGAAUGAACAUUCCCCAGGGAUCAGUUUUACUCAUUCAUCUCAGAACACUGCAGAAAGGUUUUAAUAAGUCUUAUUCUCUUUAGCUAAAUGGUCAAUUAAAAAUUCAGCAUCAAUUUACCCUUCAAAGAAGCUUCAGGAAGAUUUUGUGCUCUCUGAUAACCAUGUGACACAGUAUCAGUUCCAUAGCAUUCAGCAGGCCAGUGAUGAGAUGGCACACUUACGCUGCAACUGUUACAUUUCAUUUCCCGUAUUUCAUUCUGUUAAAGAUAGGGUUUCAAUUAAGAGAAUGCUAACGUAUUAAAUAUAGGUAUUUGCAGAAAACCUAAGGAAUGAUUCCUAUACUCCUUUGCUAUUUAAAAGCACGUUCAAGAUCUGAGACAAAAAAAAAAAAAGAA